AUGUCAGCUCUCCCGCCUUCUCUCUCACCCGCCAAAACUCCCGACCACUUCACCACCUCCGUUCAUCUCCAACUCCAACAAAGCCUCUCUCUCUUAGAACUCUGCAAAUACACCUUAGAGUUCAAACAAGUCCACGCCAAACUCACCAAACUCGGCCACAUUGCCAACCCAUUAGCCCUCACUAGACUCUUGUGCUACUCCUCAAUCUCCCGUCACUCUGAUAUUCAAUAUUCUCAAUCCAUCUUCAAUCUCGAUCAAAACCCUAAUACAUUUGCUUACAAUGUGCUCAUUCGAGGCUAUGCACAGAGCGAAUACCCCGAAAAGGCGCUUCCUUUGUUUUAUGAUAUGAUUUGCAAUGCGAAUUCUGCUCCAAAUCAGUUAACUUUUCCUUUUCUUUUUAAAGCUUGUUCUGCGGUUAAAGCUGUGAAGGAGGGUAAACAGAUACAUGGGCUGGUCUUGAAAUAUGGGUUGAGCAAAGAUCUUUUUGUUCAGAACAGUUUGAUCAGCUUGUACUCAGCUUGUGGUUGUAUUGAUUAUGCUUACCAAGUGUUUGAUAAAAUAGCUGAACCAGAUAUUUUUUCUAAAAAUACAAUUAUUCGGGGUUUGGUUGAGUCGGGAUAUGUAGAGGAAGCGAGAUUGGUGUUUGAUGAAAUGCCUAAUAGAAAUUUAGUUACUUGGAAUUGUAUGGUUGAUGGGUAUGUUAAAGUAGGGUUGUUGAAGCAAGGUAGAGAACUGUUUGAUCAAAUUGAGGGGAAAGAUUCAAUUUCUUGGAAUACUUUGAUUUCAGGGUAUGUUAGAUCAGAUUUAAUGGAGGAUGCUCGGACAUUGUUUAAUCAGAUGCCAUCGGAGCUUAAAGAUCUGAUCACUUUUAACUUGAUGAUUGAUGGGUAUGCGAGAGAUGGUGAAUAUGGAGAGGUACUUCACAUAUUUCGAGAGGUGCAGAAGGCAAAUGUAGAGCUAAAUAAGUUUACAAUUGUGAGUGUUCUCACUGCUUGUUCCAAUUUAGCAGCUCUAGACCAAGGUGAAUGGAUUGAAACUUAUAUACAAAGGAAUGGAAUUAAUGUCGAUGCAAUUCUCGGAACUGCUUUGGCUGAUAUGUUCGCCAAGUGUGGACACAUUAAGAGGGCUCUUUCUGUUUUUGAAAGUAUGGAGGAAAUGAGCGUCGAAUCUUGGAAUUCGAUGAUUCAUAAUCUCGGUGUUCAUGGUUAUGGGCAAGAAGCAUUAACAAUGUUUUCGGACAUGUUAAAAUUCAACAUUCAGCCGGACGAAAUAACAUUUGUAUGUUUGUUGAGUGCUUGCCGCCAUUCAGGGCUUGUCGAUGAAGGUAAAAAGUAUUUUCGGCUCAUGAGUGAAGAAUAUGACAUGGUACCGAAGGUUGAACAUUAUGGUUGUAUGGUAGACCUUUUCUGCCGUGCAAAUAUGUUGGAAGAAGCAAGAUGCUUAAUUGAAACUUCACGGAUGACAUCCAGUGUUCCUAUGUGGGGUGCCCUUCUCGGAGCUUCGUGCCGACUCGGGAAUAUGGCAAUGGGCGAAUAUGCUGCAGAGCGUAUCUUGGAACUAGACCCCUUCGAUGGCAGCUGUUAUAUUGUUUUAUCGAAUAUGUACUCAGCCGCAGGCUUGUAUGAAAAAGCCAGAGAAGUGAGAAAAAUGAUGAAUGACCAAGGAAUAGACAAAGUCCCCGGCAGCAGUUCCAUAGAAAUUGAUGGAUGGUUACACGAGUUUAGAAUAAGCUCUAGUAGUCCUGCAUUAAGUUAG